GCCGGAUUUAUUACGUGUUUUGACUGAAUCUCCAUUGCGAAGAUAUGCUCACAUACUCUUUUUGCCAACACAUCCUGGAGAUCAUUUAGACGCAACUUCGGAGCGGCGGCUUUUGCCCGCUGAAUCUGGUGUGAUCCGGACACAGGAACUGCUGGACCAUGAGACCAUACCUCACUACUGGCUGACGGUCUAUGCUACUGAUCGUGGUGUGGUUCCGCUGUCUUCCUUCGUCGAGGUCUACAUCGAAGUCCAGGAUGUCAACGAUAAUGCCCCACAGACCUCCGAACCUGUCUAUUAUCCAUCCGUCAUGGAGAACUCACCCAAAGAUGUCUCCAUCAUCCAGAUUGAGGCAUUUGACCCAGACACCAAAUCUAGUGAAAAGCUGUCCUAUAAGAUCACUAGCGGGAACCCCCAGGGUUUCUUUAGCAUCAACCCUAAGACUGGUCUGGUCACCACCACGUCUCGGAAGCUGGACAGAGAACAACAGGAGGAACACAUUCUAGAGAUCACAGUAUCUGAUCAAGGCAUUCCUGUGAAGUCCACUACGGUCCGUGUCAUCGUCAAAGUCCUGGAUGAGAAUGACAACAAACCACAGUUUAUGGAGAAAGUCUACAAAAUCAAACUCCCCGAGCGUGAAAAGCCAGAGAAAGAACGUGUACUCAGGAGAGAUCCUGUGUACCGCGUUAUCGCUUCAGAUCGAGAUGAAGGGCCAAACGCUGAGAUUUCCUACAGCAUCGAGGAUGGAGACGAACAGGGAAAGUUCUUCAUUGAGCCCAAAACUGGCAUGGUUUCCUUUAAGAAGUUUUCUUCUGCUGGAGAUUAUGAUAUCUUAACGAUUAAAGCAGUGGAUAAUGGUCGACCCCAGAAAUCAUCCACCUGCCGUCUACACAUUGAAUGGAUCCCCAAGCCGGAGCCGAGCGAAGCCCCUCUGGCAUUUGACGAGCCAUUUUACUCCUUUUCUGUCAUGGAGAGUGACCCCGUGGCACACAUGGUCGGGGUCAUCACUAUGGAAUCUGUGGAAACACCAGUCUGGUUUGAAAUAACAGAGGACAUGGCGGCUAAAGAGCUGUUUUACAUCGUUCAGAUGGCUUGCGACCUGAACUGCACUGCAGAAGGUGGUAAUUCUGACAGUCGAUUUGAGGUGGGGAAGGCGAGUGGAACAGUGAUUGUGGCCCAAGCGCUGGAUGCAGAGCAGAAAUCCCAUUACAACCUGACGGUGGACGCAACAGAUGGCACCAGAUCUGUCAGCACGCAGGUUCUUAUUAAAGUGAUCGACACCAACAAUCAUCGCCCCCAGUUCUCUAAGUCUAAGUAUGACGUGAAUGUCCCUGAAGAUACCCCACCUGACACAGAGGUGUUACAGAUUACAGCUACAGACCAGGAUGAGAAGAACAAGCUAGCCUACACCCUCCUCAGUAGCACUGACCCAUUCAGUCUACGCAAGUUCAGACUAGAUCCUGGAACUGGGGUGUUGUACACUGCAGAGAGACUAGACCAUGAAACCAUGCACCAACAUACACUAACUGUUAUGGUACGAGAUCAGGACAUUCCUGUGAAGCGGAACCUGGUGCGUGUGAUUGUAAAUGUGCAGGACACCAAUGACAAUGCACCUUGGUUCUCUGGUUCACCAUAUGUGGGCCGUGUGUUUGAGUCUGCUGCAAUUGGCUCUGCAGUGCUUCACGUCUCUGCUCUUGACAAAGACAAAGGGCAGAAUGCUGAGAUCAUCUAUAGCAUUGAGUCAGGAAAUGUGGCCAAUUCAUUUGCUAUUGAUCCUAUCCUGGGCACCAUCACUGUGGCAAAGGAGCUGGACCGUAGCAACAAGAACCGUUUUGAGCUUACUGUGAAAGCCUCUGACAAAGGCACACCACCACUUAUUGCUACUGCUGCUGUGGACAUAACUGUCACUAUUUCUGACAAUGCCAUUCCUAAAUUUGAAGAGAAGGAGUUUUCUGCUGAAGUCAGCGAAAACACUCUGCCUGGAGCCUUUGUGUGUCUAGUUACCGCCAAUAGCAAAUCAUCAGUGUUCUAUCAGAUCAAAGACGGAAAUGUGAAUGGAGCAUUUGACAUUAACCCCAACUCUGGAGUGGUUGUGACUCAUUCAGUUUUGGAUUACGAGACUAUUCCAUCAUACAAACUAACCAUUCAGGGAACCAACAUGGCCGGUCUGGCUAGUAACACUACUCUACUGAUUCACUUGAAGGAUGAGAAUGAUAAUGCACCUAUAUUUAUUCAAGAUGAGUUCACUGGAAUGGUCAGCGAGUCUUCUCCAGUGAACAGUGUAGUCCUCACCAAAGACAACACACCACUUGUCAUCCGUGCUUUAGACAUUGACCACGAUGCUAACUCUAGACUGGUCUAUCAGAUUGUUGAGCCAUUUGCCCAUAAUUACUUUGCCAUCGACUCUAGUACUGGUGCAAUCCGAACCGUCAGCGAAUUGGAUUAUGAGCAAAGAUCUGUGUUUCGCUUUUCUGUACAAGUCCACGACAUGGGAAUCCCCCGUCAUUUUGCAGAGAAGGCUGCUAACGUGACUAUUGAGAUCCUGGACGUCAAUGACUGCCCGCCUCAGUUCAUCCAAGAUCUAUAUGAAACCACAGUCUUAGUGCCAACUUACAAAGGAGUGGAAGUGAUCACAGUCAAUGCCACAGAUGCAGACUCAGGUCCAAAUUCAAGGCUCUUUUACUCUAUUGUCGAAGGCAAUAUUGGAGAGAAGUUUAAAAUGGACCCGGCCACAGGGGUUGUCACUAUUCAAAAUGUCACUCAGCUUAGAAGCAGGUAUGAGCUCAAAGUAAGGGUGUCUGAUGGCAGGUUUUCUAAAACAGCUUUGGUAAAAAUAAAUGUCAGAGAGAAUAAGGAGAGUACUCUGAGGUUCACCCAAGAAUCAUACAAGGCCUCUGUACCAGAAAAUUCCUUAGAGAAGAAGACUUUAGCUGUAAUAGUUGCAGUGGGAAACCAAGUCAAUGAACCUUUGUUUUAUACCAUUCUGAACCCUGAUAAGAGAUUCACAAUAAGCCAUACUUCGGGAGUACUCUCCUCUACAGGCAUACCCUUUGAUCGAGAAGAGCAAGGCAUAUUUGAUAUUGUGGUGGAGGUGACCAGAGAAGACAAGUUAUCUGACAUAGCCCAUGUCCUUGUAACUGUGGUAAUCGAAGAUGUCAAUGACAACCCACCGGUGUUUGUCAAUUUACCCUAUCAGGCACUGGUGCAGGUUGACACAGAAGUGGGUCACAUCAUCACAAAAGUGACUGUGGUUGAUGCAGAUGUUGACAGAAAUGCUGAGAUCAACUACCAUCUUCAGGAGCUAAAUGAGUUCGUUCAGAUCAGCAUGGAUGGUGAAAUCUCACUAACAAAGAAGCUUGAGAAAGACUCCCUUAACACUGAAUUUGUAAUCACCAUUGUAGCCAGAGAUGGAGGUGAACCAGCACUUUCCUCAUCUGUUGAAGUGCCAAUAAUGGUUGUAAACAAAGCAAUGCCUGUGUUUGAGAAAGCCUUCUACAGUCUGGAGAUCCCAGAGAACAUACCGUUACUGACACCUGUUGUACACAUCCAGGCUAAUGACUCUGAAGGCCCUAGAAUAGUGUACACAAUCACAGAAGGGGACCCUCUCAAUCAGUUCUCCAUCAACUUCAAUACUGGUGUUAUUCAGGUUGUAAAGCCUUUGGAUUUCGAGACCCACCCAGCCUAUAAACUCAGCGUAAGGGCCACCGACUCGCUAACCGGUGCCAAAGCUGAAGUCUUUGUUGACGUAAUCUUGGAAGACAUUAAUGACAACCCACCUGUGUUCCAUUGCAAACUGUACAAUGCAAGCCUUUCGGAAGCAUCAGUGAUCGGCACAUCCGUAUUACAAGUAUCAGCUACAGAUGCUGAUACUGGUAACAAGCAAGUGCUCUUUUAUCAGAUCGUUGAAGAUAAAGAUAAGAGCUCUGAUUACUUUAGCAUUGAUCGUGACACGGGCACAAUCUGGACUACUCAGAUGCUUGACCAUGAAGAAAAACCCUCACAUAAGCUGAUAAUUAGAGCAGUUGAUGGUGGAGUACCUGCCCUUUCCAGUGAGGUCAUUGUGUUAAUUGAUGUAACAGAUCUUAACGACAACACUCCAGUGUUCUCACAGAAUGUCUAUGAAGCUACGGUCAGUGAACUGGCACCUCGUGGCCACUUUGUCACCCAGGUUCAGGCUUCCGAUGCUGACAACUCAAAUAGUGGUAAACUUGAAUUCUCAAUUAUAUCUGGAAAUGAGGGGCAAAACUUUGCAAUAGAUCCAAACACUGGGGCUAUAAUCAUAUCAAACCACCGGAAACCCCAUAUGGAGUCCCUCUACAACAUCAAUGUGUCUGUAUCAGAUGGUGUAUUCAGAAGUUCAGCUAUUGUCAAGGUCAGUGUUAUUAGUGCUAACUUCCACAAUCCUACAUUCAACCAGGUGGAUUAUGUGGUUGAGCUGCUUGAGAACUCACCAGUUGGAACAUUGGUAGCUGAGGCUCAAGCAACAGAUGAGGACUCUGGUACAAAUGGAAGACUCAGUUAUCAUAUAGUCAAUGACAUUGCAAAAGACAAGUUCUCAAUCUCUGAAAAUGGAGAGAUCUUCACUUUGGAGAGUCUUGACCGAGAGAAUGCACUGGAAAAAGUAAUUCCGAUCUCUUUGAUUGCUAAAGAUGGUGGUGGCAAAGUUGGCUUCUGCACUGUAAAUGUGAUCUUAACCGAUAUCAAUGAUAAUGCCCCGCAGUUCAGAGCUGCUGAUUACAGAGUCAAUGUUGCUUCCGACAUGCCAAGAGGAACAACCAUACUUAAGAUUGCAGCGUCCGACAUGGAUGAAGGUAGUAAUGCAGACAUCACCUAUUCUAUUGAAGGAGACGCAGACAAUGUUGAGGAGAAUUUCGAAAUCCACCAGUUUAGUGGUAUCAUUAUAACAAAGGAAAGCCUCAUUGGAUUGGAAAACCAGCUCUACACAUUUCUUGUACGAGCAAAAGAUGGCGGAAAUCCUGCCAAGUCCUCUGUUGUUCCCGUUUAUGUCAGGAUUCUUGUUCCCGAGGUUCCGGUGCCAAAGUUCAUAGAGUCCCACUACAGGUUUGCCAUAGAUGAAGAUCUUCCUCUUGGUUCAGAAAUAGAUGUCAUUCAGGUCGAAAGUGAUCAGCCAGUCUUUUACAGCCUGGUGAAAGGGAAUACUCCUGAGAGCAACCAAGAUGAGGUAUUUAUGGUUGAUCCCAGCUCAGGAUCUUUGAAGCUGGAGAAGAAGCUUGACCACGAGAGCACCAAAUGGUAUCAGCUAACCCUACAAUCACAAAACGAAUAUGAUGGUAACAAAGUUGUCUCUGCUGUGGACAUCAGUAUCCAGGUCAAGGAUGUCAAUGAUAAUCGACCGCUCUUUGAGUCAAACCCUUAUGAAGCCUUCGUUGUGGAGAAUCUCCCAGGUGCCACCUCUGUUAUACAGGUAAAGGCCACAGACUUGGACUCGGGCACUAAUGGCCAUGUGGUUUACAAUCUCGAUUCCAACCAAGAGACAAGGGACAUUGCAGAACUGUUUGCCAUUAACAGUGAAACUGGAUGGAUUACCACAUUAAAGGAACUUGACCGUGAGAAGAAAAACAAGUACACUGUUUCAAUCUUAGCCACUGACCGUGGAGACAAAGUCCAGCUGAUGGCCAGUACCAAGGUGGAUGUCACAGUGGUAGAUGUGAAUGACAACCCACCAAGGUUCACAGCAGAGAUCUAUAAGGGCACAGUAAGCGAAGAUGACCCACCUGGUGGAGUCAUUGCCAUUCUUAGCACUACAGACCUGGACACAGAGGAAAGUAACAAGCAAAUCAACUACUUUAUCACAGGUGGAGACCCCUUGGGGCAGUUUGGCAUUGAGCAUACUCAAGGCGAGUGGAAGGUCUCGGUGCGGAAGCAUCUCGACAGGGAGGAGAAGGACAAUUACUUGCUGAACAUUACGGCAACUGACGGGACCUUCACAGCCAAGGCUGUGGUUGAAGUCAAGGUCUUGGAUGCCAAUGACAACAGCCCAAUUUGUGAGAAGUCAUUCUAUAUGGAAAGCAUCCCAGAGGAUUCCCCUGCUGGUAGGCUUAUCCUGCAGGUCUCUGCCACAGAUGCUGACAUCCGUUCCAAUGCACAGAUCUCCUACGAGCUGCUCGGGGCCGGAUCAGAGCACUUUAGCAUCGACUCUGAGACAGGUGAAUUAAAAACACUGCUCCCUCUGGACCGUGAAGAAGAGGAGGCGCACAAGAUGAAGGUGCGUGCUCUGGAUGGAGGUGGACGCUUUUGUGAAGCAGAAGUUGAAAUCACAGUCGAAGAUGUCAAUGACAACGCUCCACAGUUCACCUCUGACCCCUACACAUUCACUGUGUUCGAAAACACAGAGAUAAACACACCUGUGGCUCGACUGUAUGCCUCAGACCUGGACACAGGUUCUAACGCAGAGGUCCUCUAUUCACUGCUGGACUCUGCUGGUGGUGUGUUCUCCAUCGAUGAGGAGACAGGCGUCGUGCAUCUGGAUCGUCCUCUGGACCGUGAGCUUCAGUCACUCUACACCCUCCGUGCUCGCGUCACCGACCGUGGGAGCCCGCGCCGUCUCUCCUCCCUCACCACUGUCAGUGUUUCCAUCUUGGACAUCAACGACAACCCUCCAGUGUUUGAGCGGCGCGAGUACACUGCCACCAUCGCAGAAGACAUUCUGGUGGGCACCCAGGUGUUGCGGGUACACGCAGCCAGCCGAGACACAGAAGCAGGCGCUGAGAUUACAUACUCCAUAAUCAACGGAAACGAGAGAGGAGCGUUCCGCAUUGACCCCCAUACAGGCGGUGUCUUCGUGAUCGAGCCUUUGGACUAUGAAACGGCACAUGAGUUUUAUCUAACAGUGGAGGCUACAGAUGGAGGAACGCCACCGCUCAGCGACAUGGCCACAGUGAACAUUAACCUGACUGAUGUAAAUGACAACAGCCCCAUCUUCAACCAAGAUAUUUACUCUGCUGUGAUCAGCGAAGAUGCAGAACUGGGAAAGACAGUGCUCACUGUCAUGGCUGAUGAUGCAGAUGGUCCAUCCAGUAAUCAGGUGCGCUUCUCCAUCAUUGAUGGCAAUCAAGGCAGUCCUUUCACCAUCGACCCCAUCAGAGGAGAGGUCAAGGUGGCCCGCCAGCUCGACAGAGAGAAGACUUCAGGUUACACUCUGACUGUGUUGGCCUCUGACAACGGAAGCCCGGCUCGUUCCGGCAGCGCUACAGUCAACAUAGAUGUCUCGGACAUAAACGAUAACCCACCUCUCUUCUCUCAGGCAAACUACAGCAUCAUUAUACAGGAGAACCAGCCAGUCGGUACCAGUGUUCUCCAGAUGACCGUGUCUGACCGUGAUGCCUCCCACAAUGGACCUCCUUUCACGUUUUCUAUCAUCAGUGGGAACGAGGGCGAUGCCUUCCAAAUCACUUCUCAGGGCGUGCUGGUCUCUGCGGCAACUCUGAGCCGCCAGACCCAAGAGUUCUACCUCCUGCAGGCCCAGGUAACAGACAGCGGUCGGCCACCAUUGGUCUCCACAGCAUUUGUGAGUGUACAUUUGAUCGAGGAGAGCAUCUACCCUCCUGUCAUUCUUCCCCUGGACAUCUUUAUCACCACCGCAACAGACGAAUAUUCAGGCGGGGUCUUGGGUAAAAUCCACGCCACUGAUCAGGAUGUUUACGACACUCUAACCUACAGCCUCACACCCGAUAGUUCCUCCGCCUCCGAAAACUCUGGCCUCUUCUCUGUCUCUCCUGCUGAUGGGAAACUUGUAGCCCGUGGGAAUCUGGAUGCUGGUCAAUACGUCCUUAACAUUACAGUGACAGAUGGCCGUUUUACUGUAGCAGCCCGAGUCAAUAUUCACGUUCGGCAGGCAACAGCACAAGCGCUCGAUAACUCCAUCGCCGUGCGAUUCUCUGCAAUAGCACCGGAGGAGUUUAUCGGAGAUUAUUGGCGGAACUUUUUGCGGGCUUUACGGAACAUCGCCGGUGUCAGACGCGGAGAUGUGCAGUUAGUCAGCUUGCAACCUGCUGCCGAUGCCUCCGGUGACCUAGAAGUACUUCUAGCUCUAGAAAGGUCAGGAAGUCCAUUCCAGCCCCAGGAGGUGGUGUACAGGAAGCUGAACGCCUCAGUUGGGGUAAUCGAAGAGAUGACUGGAGUCCGUAUUGUACGAGUUGUGAAGAAACUCUGUGCUGGUUUGGACUGUCCUCUUAGUUACUGCCAAGAAACCGUUUCCUUGGAGACGGGAGCAGUGUCGGCCUACAGCACGGCUAGGAUUAGUUUUGUUACGCCACGUCACAUGCGCACUUCCAAAUGUCUCUGUGAAGGAGCUGAGUGUCCUGUCCUGAGUAAACUCUGUGAGGGAAGCCCCUGUCCUGAUGGCCUGGAGUGUGUAGAAGAUCCCACACAGAGCAAAUUCAAAUGCAUCUGUCCUGAGGGAAAACAGGAAGAGUGCUCAGAGCGUCAGUCAUUGACAUUCAGCGGAAAUGGAUAUGCACGGUACAGGCUGAUGGAGAACGAGAAUAAGGAAGAAAUGAAGCUGUCCCUCAGACUGAGAACAUUUUCCAGCCACGCUACUGUCAUGUAUGCCAAAGGCACAGACUACAGCAUACUGGAGAUUGUGAACGGCCGCCUGCAGUACACAUUUGACUGCGGCAGUGGUCCUGGUGUGGUGUCUGUGCACAGUACCCAGGUCAGUGACGGACAGUGGCACACUGUCUCUCUUGAGGUAGAUGGUAACUAUGCUAGACUGGUCCUAGAUCAGGUCCACGCUGCGUCUGGCAAAGCUCCGGGAACUCUCCGCACCCUCAACCUGGACACCAGCAUGUACUUCGGGGGUCAUGCACGGCCAACAUCCGGCUCAGGAAGACUUGUGGUAAAUGGGCUGCGGGGUUGUCUCGAGGGGAUCGUGUUUAAUGGGAGGGAGCUGCCGCUAUCUCAGGUUCGAGGAGUUCGCUCAGUCCUGGAGGAGCUGGUCGAGGCGGCUGCCGGUUGCAGCUUGGCUCCUCCACUCCAGGGCUGCUCCAGUAACCCCUGUACCAAUGGAGGCACAUGUUCAUCACUGCCUAACGGAGGGUAUUUCUGUAAGUGCACCGCUGCAUUCAUGGGCACUCACUGUGAAGUCACUAUCAGCCCCUGUGCCUCUAAUCCCUGCCUCUAUGGAGGCACAUGUAUCCCACGAGGAGGAGACUUCUACUGUCAGUGCAGAGGACAAUACUCUGGCCAACGGUGUCAGCUGGGUCCAUACUGCACAGACAACCCGUGUAAGAACAGCGGCAAGUGCAUUGAUAGCCUGGAUGGUCCUGUGUGUGAGUGUGAGCUGGGUUUCCAAGGAGACAGAUGCCUCAGUGAUGUAGAUGAGUGUCUGAAGAACACUUGUGGCAAUGGUGGUCACUGCCAGAACACGUACGGCUCUUUCAACUGUAACUGCUCUGCGGGCUACAGUGGGCAGCAUUGUGAACUCCGUUCCGAAAUCCGCAACGAAUUUGUCUCCACCUCUUGGAACAUCGGCCUGGAGGAAGUAAUCGGAAUCGUCGUCUUUGUUGCCAGCAUCUUCCUUCUCGUCAUACUCUUCGUCGUGGUUCGCAAGCGCAUUUGCCGGCGCUCAAAGUCCAAAUCUGACGAUGACGACAAGCUUGGUGUAGGCACAGGAGCCUCGCAUGCCUUCCUCCAUCGGCCGUACUUUGACUCCAGACUCAACAAGAACAUUUACUCCGACAUCCCGCCGCAGGUCCCUGUACGGCCCAUCUCCUACACUCCCAGCAUUCCAAGCGACUCCCGCAACAAUCUGGACCGCAACUCGUUUGAGGGCUCAGCCAUACCAGAGCACCCAGAAUUCAGCACAUUCAACCCCGAUACAGCGCACGGGCACAGGAAGACGGUGGCUGUCUGUAGUGUAGCACCUAACCUGCCUCCUCCCCCACCCUCCAACUCCGUGUCUGACAGUGACUCCAUACAGAAGCCCAGCUGGGAAUAUGACUACGAUGCUAAAGUAGUGGACUUGGAUCCGUGUCUAAGUAAGAAACCGGUAGAGGACAGCGCCUGUCAUCCUUACAACACCAGAGGCAGCAUGUCUGAGGUCCACUCUCUCAGCUCCUUCCAGUCCGAGUCAUGUGACGACAAUGAGUCUUUCUCGGCUCAUGAACACAAGAACCCAAGAGGCUAUCAUUGGGACACAUCUGACUGGAUGCCGAGCGUUCAACUUCCUGGAAUCCAGGAGUUUCCUCAUUAUGAGGUAGUGGAGGCCCCACCCACCCUUUACAGUGAUCCCGCCCUGCUGGACACGGACUACUAUCCGGGCGGAUACGACAUCGAAAACGACUUCCCUCCCCCACCCGACGACUUUCCGUCCCAUGAUGACCUGCCCCCUCCUCCGCCCGUGCCGGUGUACGGAGAGCGCUACGACACAUUGCAGCCCGCCACGCGAGCGUUAAACAGUACCCCCUCUAGUCCCAGAGGGUCCGGAGUACGCCAGCGCCCACCCUUACCCCAACUCUACAGCCUCACCCAAUUCCUCCCCCACCACCAUUACUCAUCAGACCCCGAACCCCAGACCAACCCCACCAGCACCAUCACAUCGUCCUCCACCGGAGGAUACCGGCGCGGAGGAUUCCCGCUGGGCUACGGCUGUGACUUCGAUCCCCCUGCUGCUGAUAACAUGUCGCUGUCGCUCUACACGUCCACGGCGUCCUGCUCGGACAUGUCCGCCUGCUACGAGGAGUCAGAAGUGAUGAUGAGCGAUUACGAGAGUGGUGGAGAGGAGGAGGGAGCACAGUUUCAGAGGCUCGUCAUAUCGCCACUGGACUCUCAACAUCAGCAGCAGCAGCAUACUGAAGUCUGACACUGGAUCCAGAAUAUCAAAAGUGCCUAAAUGAAACCCUGCUACAGGAGACUGUGUGUUCAAACCAUAACCACACCACAUACACGGUACACAAACGUAGUCUUACACUUAACGAAAAUGCCAAACAUCCAAACGCACACGUUGUAUACAUCUGUAUCUCACUCGAGAGAGAGGUUUUGAAAAGACUUGCUUAAACAUGAGUUCUCUUCGCUAGCUCUUGUGGGCUGUUAUUAAUAUUAUUAUUAUUUAACAGUAUUGGGGAGAAUAUUAGACUUGGCUGUGCCAUUAAAUAAUAUGUUGAUCAUCAUGCAUAAGAUCAUGCUGAGAUGUACAAUUUACACAGAAAAUAUAACUGAUAUAUUGUCAUGGAUAUUGGGAGAAAAGCAUAAUUUCAAUCAUCAAGGUGAUAUCUGUAUUUGUAUAGAUAUAACCAUGCAAACUGAUUUUUUUAUAUACAAAUCCUCAUUCAUUUGUAAUGUAAAUUUGAAUGUACAGUUUUGAUUUCAAGGUUUAAUAGGUUUUUGUAGAUAUGUUUAGCUUUUUUUCCCAAAAAAGAAAGACAGGAACAAGUAGUGUACCAACUCAUGGUGUGUCAUUAUCAGCCUUACUGUAUGUUCAUUCACAAGCAAUGAAAAAAGCAUAAGAGAAUCUUAAAAAAAUAAUAAUUAAAAAUGUCAAGGUUGUGAAUGUGUGAUCGUCACAACACGUUCAUUUCUGAAAGGAUAUCUACAUAUUCUUGUGAUGUGUUAUGUUUUCUUUUUGUUGUUGUUGUUGUUGGAAUAUGAAUUUUGUAUA